GGGGGGAGGGAAGAGGCCCGCAGAAGCCCGAGCCUUGACCGACGGGCAGGCGGGGGCUGCGGCGGCGCCGGUGAGUGACCCGCGGCCCGACUCGGUCCCCACCCUCCACGACCCUCACUCUUCCUGGAGUCCCCCAUCGCCUCCGUUGUCCCCUCUUACUCCCGGACCCCAUUACCCCCAGAGCUCCUCUUAAUUCCUGGCAAUCCCCAGAGCCCCCACAAUCCCCGCAGACCCUAAUCCCUCGUAUUUUAUAGUCCCAGCUCCUCCACUGUCCUCGAAGCCCCCAACUCACCGUUAUUCCCGGGCAUCCCUUCUGAGGACCCCUUCUCAUACCGUUCUUACAGACGUCUUAUUGCCCCGGCACCCCCAGGGCGCUCCUCUGCUCCAGAUCCCCCCUUCUUGCUGCAUCUCUCCUUCAGCAUCUCCUUACCCCCAUCACCCCCAUGCUUCUUCGACCCCCGAGACACCCCCAUUCUCCCUCCAUUUCGCAUUCUCCUAUGCCCUCAUUCUCCUCUAACUCCUGCAGACACCCCCUCUUCUUUCGCUUUUCCUCAUUUCCCUCCACCCCUCCAGACCCUCCCCCAAUUUCCAUCAACUCCUCGCCGUGGCACUUUGCGCUGCGCGAGGCACAAGAGGAGCGCUCAGCCGGUGUCAGCUAUUAUUAGGCACUCUGAAUGUCCCGCGUGGCCCGUCGCCCCCAGCCACUCUCCGCUCCAGCCCGUGGCCCCGGGGACAUAGGAGGCGGUGUCGGGGCGGCCGGGGUGGGGCGGGCGGCGCGCGGACGCCGAGCCCCCGCCAGCGCUGUGCGCCCUGUGCCCGCAGCGCCGGCGCCCCCCCAUGCGCCAGGCGGCCGGACGGCGGCGUCGGGGGGCGCCAUGGCCUCGGCGGCGGCGGGCGAAGCGGAAGAGACCACCCGGCUGCGCAAGCCGCGCUUCUCGUUCGAGGAGAACCAGAUCUUGAUCCGUGAGGUGCGCGCCCACUACCCGCAGCUCUACGGCGCGCAGAGCCGUCGGGUGAGCGUGGCAGAGCGGCGGCGUGUGUGGGACGGCAUCGCCGCCAAGAUCAACGGCAUCACCAGCUGGAAGCGCACCGGCCAAGAGGUGCAGAAGCGCUGGAAUGACUUCAAGCGCCGCACCAAGGAGAAGCUGGCCCGCGUGCCGCACUCCACGCAGGGCGCCGGGCCUGCCGCCGAGGACGCCUUCACCGCGGAGGAGGAGACCAUUUUUGCCAUCCUGGGGCCGGGCGUGGCGGGGCCAGGAGCUGGUGCAGGGGCCGAGCCUCCCUCCGGGGCGGCUUCCUCACAGCCGCCGGCCCCGAGUGCGGGCACCCAACGCUACGUGUUGUCCGAGGACCGCAGGGAGGACCGACGGGCAGGCAGGCACAAUGGUAGAUGCUGGAAAUACUAUGGAGAAAAAGACAAUGGAGCUGGCAUUCCAGUUAUUGGAGACAGACCACAAACAAGGAGCCCCAAAACCGAUCGUAUACCAGGAGGUGAUACACCAGCCCACAGCAAGGGGGGCUCCAGCAGCCCCGAGCAGUGGGCCCGGCCCUCCUGCAGUCCCCAGGAAGGGGGCUGCCCGCCACCCAAGGAGCGUGAGUCCCCGCCCCCUCCAGCCCUGCAGACGGUCCAGCUGCCCCGCCUGGCCUUGUCUCCACCGCCCCCAGCCCCUCCGCCGCAGCCGCCACCCCAGCCACCUCAGCAGGUGCAUGUGGCACCCUCGUCCCCCAGCCCACCACCUCCUCCGCUGCCACCACCCACGCCCUCGGCCUCAGACCCCUCCCUGGACUUCCUGCGGGCUCAGCAGGAGACUGCCAACGCCAUCCGGGAGCUGGCUGGUACCCUACAGCAGGGACUGGCCAAACUGAGUGAGGCCCUCAGCGCCCUACUGCCCCUUCUGCCCGGAACGGCCGUCGACAGGCUGCCCCCGCCUCUGCCCCCGCCCCCGCCCCCACCCCCCAGGCCCCUCCUGCCCCCGCCUACCCCCAAAGCCGAGAUCACCCCAGAGCCGGUGUCCGUGGUAGCCGCUGUGGUGGACAGAGCGGUGGUCGCAGCCAGGGGGGUGAUCAUCGCCCCUAGGAGUGAGGAGGGGACCCCCCGGCCACCCCCAGCCCCGCUUCCUCCGCACGACUCACCCCCACACAAGAGGAGGAAAGGCUUCCCUACGCGGAAGAGGCGGGGGCGAUGGAAAUCUCCGUGAAAUCUGCUCUUGGGUUUGAGCUCGUCUCUCUCCGCUCCUUCUGCCUGCACCUCCUCCCCCCAGCUUAGCCCAGGGGAGGAGGGCAAUGCACCUUCCCCAUCUCAGCUGCCCCCUGGCUCCCCUGCUGAAGGGGCACCAGCACCCCACUCCCUACACUAGUUAGUGCCUGAUUCUCAGGGGACCUCGUUGAUGGGUGCCCCGGCCCUUUCUCCAGUACAGCGCUGUCUGCCUGGCUGCUUCCCUGAACCCUAACUUCUAAGCCAUCGAUUUUACGUUAUUUAUUAUCGCCCUUUGUGGGUUGUGGAGGUUGGAACCCCUCGGGUCUGCACAUACCCCCUUCCCUAACAACUCCUGGUCUUGACUUGAAGAGAAUUGACCUGCAGGGGCCUCCUCGCUUCCCGGAUCCAGACUUUGGAGGGGGUGGGAGGCUCGAGACAAAUCAGAAUAUGGAUGACAAAGGAUACAGCAGUCUGUACCCUAGGGAGAGGGGGGUGGAGUUCUCACUGGGGAGGUACAGGUUGGGUCCUCUGCCUCCCAUUGCUGUCUCUGACCUCCAGAGCUCAACCUCCUCGUUUCUCCCCAGUGGUGACAAGAUAUGAAUAAACUUAUUUUUAAUACGAUUACUUUGGGCUCUGAGACAGGCCUGGGGUUUCAGCACUUAUACCUGCCCCCACCCCUCCAUGGACAGGUGGCAUUCCCUUGAAGUUGGAGGCUGGCUGUUUUCCAGCCCCCCCCCCCUUUUUUCCUUUCUUUCCUUAAAGUCAUCAAAUCCUGUGUUCAAAUCUUAUUCCUACUUACCCAUCCUUCAGAUACCAGCCUAAGUGUCAUCUCCUCCAGGAGAACUUUCUGGAUUUCCUCCUCCAGGCUAGGAUGGGCCUGAUUAGAUUUUUUUCUAGUGUCCUGUGGUCCCUCAAAGAACACAUGCCUUUAUCUGUUUAAAGCUGGUUCACCCACCCACCUACCCACCCCCCCAACCCCCCCACCCGUUUCAUGAAGGCAAGAGCUGGUUCUCUUUUUUACUCCUAAACCUACUGAAAGCAUAGUAGCAAAGUAGCUGAUAACCACCACCCUGGAUUCAGUCAGGCCUGGCACUGCCCGGGCCAGCUGUGUGGGCCUUCCUUUUCCUCAUCUGUAAAAUGGGCAUAAAAAAAUGUAGGAGUCCACAGCUCCAUUCUGUUUUCAUCCUUCAGGUCUCAGCUCAAAUAUCACCUCCUCAGAAAAGUCUUUCCUGGCACUCCCUCUCCCCCAGCAGUUGGGGAAAAAAUGUAGUUAAAUAAUCAUUUGAGUACAUUUAAGUUGAAUGUCUGCCUCCAUCACCAGGAUGAGCCAUGUCAGGGGAAGGCCUGAGCCUAGCUCAGUCAAUGGUAUGUCCUCAGCAUCACCCAACACAGAGGGUUGCAUCUUUGAGUUAAUGAGCAGCUUAAAAACAGUUUCCAUGUAUGGUGCUCCUUUUCUGGGCCAGGCACCAUGCUAAACAUUUAUGUGCAUGUUUUCAUUUUAACUUGAGGCUGCCUUAUGAAAAGCAGACUCUAUGGGGGGGGGGGUCUCUGUUUUUUCUUGAUUUUAGAGACUUGCCCUAGACUUGUCAGGGGCCAAUCCCAACUCAGCGCACCUGAAGCUGGACUCCAGCCAGAACUCUUGACCCCCACUAGUGUUUACUGAAGAAUGGCUUAAAGGCAAUUUUAGGGGAUACAUGGAUGGCCGCUUUUUUUUUUUUUUUUAAGAUUUUAUGUAUUUAUUUGAGAGAGCGCGAGCAGGAGCACAAGCGGGGUGAGGGGCUGAUGGAGAAGCAGAUGCCCCGCUGGCAGGGAGCCCGAUGUGGGGCUCCAUCCCAGAACCCCAAGAUCAUGACCUGAGCCGAAGGCAGAUGCUUAACUGACUGAGCCACUCAGGCAUCCCUAUGGAUGACCUUUCUAAUGGUGCUUACCUCGUGUUAAACUUGAUUAAAAUGUAGCUAGUACCAAAAAAAUGUAGCCAGGACAUAAAAAACCUGCACUUCUGCACAUAAUACAGACAUACCUCGUUUUAUUGUGCUUUGCUUUGUUGCGCUUCACAGAUACUGCAUUUUAUUUUUUUUUUCACAAGUUGAAGGUUUGUGGCAACCCUGGGUCAAGCAAGUCUGUUGAUGUCAUUUUUCCAACAGUUGCUCACUUCAUGUGUGUGUCACAUUUUGGUGAUUCGUGCAAUAUUUCCAACUUUUGCAUUAUUAUUACAUUUGUUAUGGUGCUCUGUGAUCACUGACCUCUGAGAGCUCAGAUGAUGGUUAACAUUUUUUUAGCAAUAAAAUA